CUUGCUUUUUCUCUGCCUAUUUUAGUCCUAUUUACUUCCCCUUGAAACUAUGCUCACACGCUCUCAAUUACCCUUCUCUCUCUCUCUCUCUCUCUCUCUCUCGGUGAUCAUGGCAGCCAAACCACCUGAAGAAGUCCCAGGAACCUUGAAAUACAAGACAUGGGUCUUGAAAGUCUCAAUCCACUGCGAAGGCUGCAAGAAGAAAGUCAAGAAAGUUCUUCAAAGCAUUGAAGGUGUGUACACGAUCACUGUGGAUAUUCAGCAGCAUAAGGUUACAGUAACUGGCAACGUGGACGCAGAUACUCUGAUCAAGAAGCUCCUGAGAUCAGGAAAACACGCUGAGCUAUUGCCUGAGAAGAUCAAAGAGAAGCCUGGAAAACAAAAGAAUAACGAGAAGCAGAUCAAGGAUAUUGGUCAGACAAAUAUUGCAGAAAAUAGCAAUGACACUAAAGACAUGAGUGCUACUGAAGGUGGUGGAGAGAUAGAUGACGAGGACGAAGGUGAAAAUGAAGAGGCUGUUGGUAACGAGGGAGGAGGAGGGAAAAAGAAGAAAAAGAAGAAGAAGAAGAAAGGGGCAAGCGGUAAUUUCAGCGCCAACGAAGGCGGUGAUCAGAAUUCCGGCGAUACACAGGCAGGCAGUGCUGUAACUCCGGCAGAUCCCCAUGAUGAUCAUCGGCCCGCCCCAUCGAUGGCUGCGAUGAAUCUCAGCCCUCCACGUCCGCAGAUGUAUCCGUUUCCACCGGUAAUGAAUCAUCCCGGCCCUCCAGUCUAUGGCAUAAGUUACAACACGACUUACCCUAGGGACAUUACUCCUUCGUAUCAUCCCUCUCAUCCCAUGCAUGCUAAUACACAUCCUCUCCCUGGGAUCUACCGGCAGCCGCAACCGCCAGUAUUCCAUCAGACUUACCACCCUUUCGGGGAGGUCCACGUCGAUGAUUAUGAAUAUCCAUCUCUAUGCUCACUUAUGUGAUCAUGAUGUAUUUAUGAGGAUCGGACGGCCGUAAUCAUGCAUGCUUUAUUGUGUACGUACGUGAUCGUGAAGGAUUAAAUUUUGUAAAGAUCGAUGCAUUAAGAUUAUUAUUAGAAGGAGUUAUAUAUAUAUAUAUAUAUUAGUGUAAAAAAUAAUAAUAAUAAUAAGAGAGGGCUUGUUUAUUAUUAAUUUAAUUAGUGGGGUUUGAGUUUAUUCAACUUUAUUAAUAAAUUGCCUUGGGUUUGCUUAUGAUUA